AUGUGUACUAUCGAUCCUAAUGACUUUGUAAACUUUAAUCCAGAUAAAUACAACUCUCUUCCUGAAGUCGAUGUCGCCUCAAGCAAUUUACAAAAAUGCUCUGACCUCGCUGAACUUUUGGAAAAAAUCUUUUCUCUAACCAAAAAGCAUUCUCUCGAGCUUGGAGUUCGAUUGGUUCAUCGCCAUAUGCAAGUGGAUGAAGGGAAAGUUAUGGUUGAGAGAUUCCAGUUCCAUCAAAACGUUCCAGCAUUUACAACCUCAGCCCAUUUACCAACUGACCAAAUUUAUCCUGCGAGUUGGUUACUUGAGGAUAAUAGCAAAUUUUCAGUAUUUGAGUAUUCCACAGAUAUUCUGGUGAGGUAUACCCUCGAAAAGCUAAUCAAGGAUCCAAGUAUCUUUAUGAAAAUUUGCGAAUUGAUUAGAGAGUAUCAUUUUGAGAAUUUGCUUGCACCUUGUAUCACUGCAAGAGAUUCAUUGAAGCAAUUUGAUAAGAAAAACGGAUUUAUGGAAUUUACUGAUCUUGAAACCAAUGUUAGCAUUGUAAAGAACACUAAAGAUCAGACGAUAUGUAGCCACGAAGGAGCAUUAAUCAUUACUACGUUGUGGGCAUAUCCAGUAAAUGAAAAUUGUCUUAGAGGUGACUAUCAAAAGAAUAGCGAUAAUUAUAAUUGCUCUCAUUGUUGGCAUGACCAAAAGUAA